CACGGUUUCUUCCGGACCAGUAAACAUACGCACUUCCUGCACUGCUGAAACAAGCAAACUCACUCUGCUGCAAGAGGAGACAAUUCAGGAUGUUCUUGACAAGAUCAGAAUAUGACAGAGGUGUGAACACUUUCUCUCCAGAAGGAAGACUUUUUCAAGUGGAGUAUGCCAUCGAAGCUAUCAAGCUGGGCUCGACAGCCAUCGGCAUUCAGACGUCGGAAGGAGUGUGUCUCGCUGUGGAGAAGAGAAUCACCUCGCCCCUGAUGGAGCCCAACAGCAUCGAGAAGAUCGUAGAGAUCGACACUCACAUCGGCUGCGCUAUGAGUGGCUUGAUCGCUGAUGCUAAAACACUUAUCGACAAAGCGAGAGUGGAAACACAGAAUCACUGGUUCACCUACAACGAGACGAUGACGGUAGAGAGCGUGACACAGGCUGUGUCGAACCUGGCUCUGCAGUUCGGAGAGGAGGAUGCAGACCCCGGCGCCAUGAGCCGUCCUUUUGGAGUCGCCUUGCUCUUUGGAGGUGUGGAUGAAAAAGGACCCCAGCUGUACCACAUGGACCCGUCAGGGACGUUCGUGCAGUGCGAUGCCAGGGCAAUCGGGUCAGCAUCCGAGGGUGCCCAGAGCUCUUUGCAGGAGGUCUACCACAAGUCCAUGACGUUAAAAGAAGCCAUUAAGUCUUCCCUCACCAUACUGAAGCAGGUUAUGGAGGAGAAGCUGAACGCUAUCAACAUUGAGCUGGCUACAAUAGAGCCCAACAAGACGUUCCACAUGUACACAAAAGAGGAACUCGAGGAGGUCAUCAAGGACAUCUAGAGCAGUUCUGCGCUGGCCUGACUGAUGUUCUCUGAUGUUCUCUGUGCAGACGGAUAACAGCGAACCUAACAGCAGCCUGGCUGAUUUUUUUUCAGACCGGAAUCCACUCUUUAUACUGUUUUUUCUUUUUUCUUUUCCUCUGUCAAUUCAGGAUACACAAUUAUUUCUACUGUUCUGUUCAUGCCACAGAACAUCAGUUCUUGCAAUGGAGUGAAAAAAAAGAAGGGGGCGGGGGGGGGUAUGUUUUUUUGUUACAAAUCAAUGCGCUAAUAAAAAAAUUGUAGUCA